AGUUACUCUCGCUCACUCUUACACUGCAAAUCGCAUUGCGUACGGUCAUAUUCCAUUCGUUUGCACUGCGUGCCUGUGUAUACACACAUUUACUACGAUGACUGUGUGUAAUGACAACCAGCCUUAACUGUCAUACCGAAUCCAAUGGCCAUUUUUUGACACUUUGAACUAGUUGCUUACAAAUGCCGCUUCGACCAAAUUACACACACAGAAAGCGGUGAAUGUCCAAGGCAAUUGUGAUUGUUUUCAUUUAAUUUCCAUUCAAACACAAUAUUUUCAAUUUCUUCAUGAACAAUUUGUGAAUAUUUCGGUGAAACAUGUCGGAUAAUCCAGAAUCACAGACGAUGGAUGUGGAUUUUCCACAAGAGGAUAUCGCUUACGAAGAGGAGAUUUUACGGAAUGCAUACUCAGUGAAACAUUGGUUGCGCUACAUCGAACACAAGAAGAAUUCACCAAAUUUUGGCGUAAAUAUUGUUUUUGAACGUGCACUCAAAGAGUUACCCGGUUCAUAUAAACUGUGGUACAAUUAUUUGCGAACGAGACGCAAGCAAGUCCGUGGCCGAGCCAUAAAUGAUCCGUUGAUUGAGGAAGUGAACAAUGCAUUCGAACGAUCGCUGGUGUUUAUGCACAAAAUGCCACGCAUUUGGAUGGAUUACUGUUCGUUUAUGGUGAAUCAAUGUAAGAUAACAAGAACGCGUCACGUAUUCGACCGGGCAUUGCGUGCGCUGCCAAUUACACAGCACCAUCGAAUUUGGCCACUCUACUUGAGUUUCCUCAAGAAAUUUGACAUUCCGGAAACAGCGGUGCGAGUUUAUCGUCGUUACUUGAAACUUUAUCCCGAAGACAGUGAAGAGUACAUUGAAUAUCUCACGGAUGCCGGUCGAUUGGAUGAGGCAGCACAACAAUUGGCAUCGGUCGUUGACAAUGAGCAUUUUGUAUCGAAACACGGCAAAUCAAACCAUCAACUGUGGAACGAAUUAUGCGAAUUGAUAUCAAAGAACCCAGAUAAAGUGCAUUCGCUGAAUAUUGAUGCCAUUAUUCGUGGUGGUUUGCGUCGGUACACCGAUCAAUUGGGUCAUCUCUGGACAUCGCUAGCAAAUUACUAUGUGAGAAGCGGUUUGUUUGAUCGUGCCCGUGACAUUUACGAGGAAGCCAUCCAAACGGUGACAACGGUGCGUGAUUUUACUCAAGUGUUUGAUGCAUACGCCCAAUUCGAGGAACUGAGUUUGAGCAAGAAAAUGGAAGAGCUGGCAAACAGAGCAAAUGCAAGCGAAGAAGAUGAAAUUGAUGUUGAUUUGCGAAUGGCACGUUUUGAAUACCUCAUGGAUCGUCGUUUGCUGUUGCUCAACAGUGUUUUGCUGCGUCAAAAUCCACACAACGUUCCCGAAUGGCAUAAACGCGUACAAUUGUACGAGGGAAAACCGCAUGAAAUCAUUUCCACGUACACAGAGGCUGUUCAAACCGUGCAACCGAAGUUGGCCGUUGGUAAAUUGCACACGCUAUGGGUUGAGUUUGCGAAAUUCUACGAAAAGAAUGACCAAAUCGACGAUGCUCGCAUUGUUUUCGAAAAGGGUACCCAGGUGGAGUAUAUAAAAGUGGACGAUUUGGCGGCCGUGUGGUGUGAAUGGGCCGAAAUGGAAGUGCGUCAAGAGCAAUACGAAAGUGCAUUGAAACUCAUGCAACGCGCUACGGCAAUGCCUAAACGAAAGGUUGCCUAUCACGACGAAAAGGAAUCCGUUCAAAUGCGUUUGUAUAAAUCACUGAAACUAUGGGCCACUUAUGCAGACUUUGAGGAGAGUUUUGGCACAUUCAAAACGUGCAAAGCCGUUUACGAUCGCAUAAUCGAUUUGAAAAUCUGCACACCACAAAUCAUCAUCAACUAUGGCAUGUUUCUGGAGGAGAAUAACUACUUUGAAGAGGCGUUCCGUGCCUAUGAAAAGGGCAUUGCACUGUUUAAAUGGCCAAAUGUCUAUGACAUUUGGAAUAUUUAUCUAACCAAAUUUUUGGCACGUUAUGGUGGCAGCAAAUUGGAACGUCUUCGCGAUUUGUUUGAACAAUGUUUGGAAAAUUGUCCACCCGAGUUGUGUAAAUGUUUCUAUUUGCUGUAUGCAAAACUGGAGGAAGAGCAUGGUUUGGCCCGUCAUGCAAUGGCUGUAUACGAACGUGCAACGACUGCGGUCAAAGACACUGAAAUGACCGAUAUGUUCAAUAUUUAUAUCAAGAAAGCGGCCGAAAUCUAUGGACUGCCACGCACUCGGCAAAUAUUCGAAAAGGCCAUUGAAGUAUUGCCCGAGGAUAAAGCGCGUGAUAUGUGCAUACGAUUCGCUGAAAUGGAAACGAAACUCGGUGAAAUCGAUCGGGCACGUGCCAUUUAUGCGCAUUGCAGUCAAAUGUGCGAUCCUCGAAUCACCGCCGAAUUCUGGCAAACGUGGAAAGAGUUUGAAAUUCGGCAUGGUAACGAAGAUACAAUGCGUGAAAUGUUGCGUAUCAAACGUAGUAUUCAGGCGACAUACAAUACACAGGUCAAUAUGAUGGCGGCACAAAUGAUGGGCACGGGCGCACCGGCCAUUGAACCACCCAAAGAUGGUAUGCGCCUUUUGGAAGCCAAAGCCAAAGCCAUGGAAAGCAAACCAGCCGCACCAGCCAAAGCAUCCAACAAUAAUAUUAUGUUUGUACGAGGCGAAACCACCGGACUCACUGAGAAAGAUAAGGUCGUCAAUCCGGAUGAAAUCGACAUCGACGAUGAUGAUGACGAUGAGGAAGAGGAGGAGGAGGAAGGAGAAGAGAAUAACGAUGCAAUAAAUGAUAAUGUCGAAGCGAAAGUCAUUAAAAACAUCGAAAAACAAGCAAUCCCCGAAAAAGUGUUCGGCAGCUUGAAGAGAAAACACGAUAACAGCGAUGAUGAUGACUAAAUGUUCCGUUUGAGUUUCAAUUUCUAUGAACGUUUUUUUUUUUCAUUUGAUUUUAACUGUAAUUGAUGGAUUUAUUAAUUAAAAUUGGAAUAACUUUUCAGAGAA